CACACUCUCAGACAGGUCACCCCUGCCUAAUGUCACCUGGAAUGAAAGACAGAGCUAAUAUAUAUCCUGAUAAAUCCUUUAACCCUCAUGAUAACACUGUAUAUUUGUUUCAUUUGCAGGCACUCCAUGGACGACUUGUUCAGGCCCUUCCUUUUUGCUUUGCUCCACAGCGGUUCGCCAGCUCCUUCAAGGCAGCGGAUCUCAGCAUCGAACGCAACACAGCAUGCAAGCCGAAGCCGGACCCCUCCACCUUGCUGUUCGGCAAGAGCUUCUCCGACCACAUGUUGACCAUCAACUGGUCACAGAAAGAAGGCUGGGAGGCACCUCACAUUGGGCCUUUCCAGAACCUGUCGCUGCACCCCGCCACCUCCGCCCUGCACUACUCCACAGAGCUGUUUGAAGGCAUGAAAGCUUUCCGCGGAGUCGACAAUCGCAUCCGGCUGUUCAGACCGAUGCUGAACAUGGAGAGGAUGCACCGGAGCGCAGACAGAAGCUGCCUUCCUCUGUUUGACAAAGGCGAGCUGCUGGAGUGCAUCAGGAAGCUGGUGGAGCUCGACCAAGAAUGGGUUCCUUAUUCUCUGAACGCCAGCCUCUACAUCAGACCCACCUUCAUAGGAACUGAGCCGUCCCUCGGCGUGUCUCCGCCGGGCAGAGCGAUGAUCUUUGUCAUCAUCGGCCCAGUUGGACCCUACUUCGCCACCGGGUCUUUCAACCCCGUGUCUCUGCUGGCCGACCCUUCGUUUGUCAGAGCUUGGAAAGGAGGAGUCGGGGCUUAUAAGAUGGGAGGUAACUACGGCCCCACGAUAGCGGUGCAGAACGAGGCGGUGAAGAGGGGCUGUCAGCAGGUCCUGUGGCUGUACGGAGAACAGGAGGAGAUCACCGAGGUCGGCACCAUGAACCUCUUCAUCUACUGGACCAACGAGAAUGGAGAGAAAGAGUUGGUGACCCCUCCUUUGGACGGCAUCAUUCUUCCAGGAGUCACCAGACAGUCUCUGCUGGACCUGGCCAGAACCUGGGGUGAGUUUAAGGUGACCGAGCGUAAGAUGGGCAUGAAGGAGCUGCUGGGGGCUCUGGAUGCAGGGAGGGUCCUGGAGGUGUUCGGAGCAGGGACGGCCUGCGUCGUCUGUCCUGUCGGAAGCCUCCUCUACAGAGGAAAGACGUACGAGAUCCCUACUAUGCAGAAUGGUCCAGACCUGGCAAAGAGGUUCCACAAAGAUCUUACUGAUAUUCAGUAUGGACGCACACAAAGUGAAUGGGCACCACUGGUCGCUUAAGCGGCCGUUUUGCACACGCCGGUUGUAUCAACAGUUAGUUACAUAAUUCCAGUUUGGACGACCAGCAGCCCCUCUUCCCCUCCCCCCCCACACUCUCAACCCACUAAUGCACUCCUGCUUACUCACCAACCCGAGGAGACGGACGCCUCCCUCUGUCGGUCUUCUCAGGCAACUUUAACAGAUGUUCCUCAAUCUGUGGGCUCUCACGAAAAAGACGGUUGGUGGUUUGAAUGUAGCUUUGGAGAGCAAUAUCGACGACAAUAUGCAACGUUUUGACUCGACCCCUUUUUAACCUCCGAGGUGUUCACUACAAGCCAAGUAAAACAAUCUCACUGAGGAACAAGAAUCAAGCAAAUACAAGCAACCAGAUGAAGUUUUAAAAAAAAACACAUAAAAGAUGAGAAGUGCCUGGUAGUGCUUUCAAAUCCUCACACCAGGCGUCUAAUUAGGUCACGCGGCUUAAACGCUACACUCCAUUCAUUCAAGUUUUUGCCCAAAUAUUCACUUGGAUUAAAUUCCUCGUGUUUCCUGAGGAUAGUUCUCAUAGCUAAUAGCACAAAUGUGUCAUUUUCAUCAACACUGCAUUCUGGCAUCAACAAAAAAAACACACAAAAAAGGCAAAAAACUGACAUAUGUCGAGCGUAGGAGCUGAAAUACUUGCAAUACUAAUGCAGCUACGUACUCUGUGUGGCUGUGGCUGUUUUUCUUACUGUCAUUAAAUCUCAUGUGUAGAGCCAAACUAACAUUGGAGUGAUCCUACUUACAAGUACUGUGUGGGUAUCCAAAAGCUUAAUAUAUCGUAUUCCUUUGUGCCAUAAAAUCUCCAUUGUUGUCCAAAAGUUAUUAAAAACACAUAAAUGAGCCCCACUUCUGCACUGGGUGACAUGUUCCUUCGUUAUAAAGAGUUUGGUCAUGUUAGUUUGUUUAAAAAUGGCUUCAAAGACUAAUUACAGUCUCCAGAGAGUAGUUCUGUGUAAAACGUAUCACAAUCCUUUUUAUUUGUAUUUUACUAUAAAGUCGAGAGGUUUUUAAUAUGUAGCACAACAAGCUAACGAAGCUCUGUAAACAGACUAGCGUCCCUGCACAUGCUCAGUAGCGUCUGCUUUACACAGAACUACUCUCUGGAGACUGAAAAUCGACUGAAAAGGUCUUUGGAGCCGUCUUUAAACAAGCGAACGUACCCAAAGUCUUUAUAAUGAAGGGAAAUGUCACUCGGAGCAGCUUUGUGGCUCACAAUAAUUAAUAAUUUGAGGUCUACGGCAUAAAGAAAUAAGAUUUAUCCGAGUUUAGAUACACACACAAUACUUAUAAGUAGAUCAGUUCAUUGAUAGUUUGGUUCUGCACAUUGACGAUAAGUAAAAAUAUAGAAAAUCAGCAGCCGAAUCCUUCAAGGACUUAACAUUGGAUAGUUAGUUACCUGGCAGCACGCUUUCUGUAAGUACUAUUUCUAAUAAACAAAUGUAUUAAAAUAGUAUUUCUCUACAGGAAAAAAAACAAAAAACUUACUAUACUAACAAUAACCUGUACUACUUGCAAAAACCUGUGGUGUUUUUUUUUGUUUUUGUUUUUUUUUUUUCUCCGAAACCUUUUUACCUGUUACAUGUGAGUAGUUGAAAUUGGAUCGUGAAUAGGAAACCUGUGAACGCAUCAUAGCACACGUUUUGUUACUGUCGUGUACAUAAUGAUAUAAAAAAAUAAGAAUUAAGAGAUAAGAAAGAAAGAAAGAAAGAAAGAAAGAAAGAAAGAGAGAGAGAGAAUUGCCGUAGUUUCCACGGGGGCCACGUCACUUUGACACCGGAGUUUGCACUGAUUGGUUUUAAUGUCGGGUUUGUUACCUGAGCGUGACUCAGCUGUUUGUUUUAUUUCAAAAAAAAAAAAAAAAAAAGAGAGGGAACACGAACGGUUUUGUAUGUUUGUUGGGGUUUUUUUGUUUUGUUUUGUAUGAAUACGACAAAAAACGAUAUAUAUAAAGAUUGAGAUUUUAAACAAAUAAAUAGACAAAUAAACGGUUGGUCUACGUUGAACUGUAGCACGCACAAAUGGUAGGAUGACAGAAGACGGACUGUUAGAUGUGCUGGUGUUUAUUUUUAAACUUCUGCACUAGUUUUGUGUGUGUGUGUGUGUGUGUGUGUGUGUAAUCAUAUCAUCAAUAUGAAAAAUAAUGUACGGUAACAAAUAGAUUAUCUUGUAAUUUUAGGAGGUUUUUAAAUUAUUUUUCUCUCCUUGUCUAGAUGUUGAAUUAGAGCAGAGUGUCUUCCAAAGUACUGGAGUGUGUCACCAAAGUACUUGACUGUCACCAGUGUUUGUGUGUGUGUGUGUGUGUGUGUGUGUCUCCUCGGCUUCGUGUCCUUUUAUCGCCCCCUGCUGGUUGUUUUUUCCCCCCCCUCUCUCUCUCUUUUAUGAAUGUAUUUUUAUUUUUACACUCCCGUACUGUUCACCUGUCCCUCUCUUCUGUCUAAGUGCCUGACCUCAGUCUGUUAGCUUGUCGUUCUGUGGAUCCGCAGCUGCUGUUUUUUUGUUUUUUUUUGUUCUUCCAGUUUAGUGCACUAUAGGGGAUUUUGCUGGAUUCUUUUAAAGUCAUUGUCAGUCUAGUUUUUUUUCUUUUUUCCUUUAAAUGUGCUGUUUUACUUUUACUCAGCGUUAUGUUUUUACAAUAAACCUGAUUUGAGUUCAA